GAAUUUCCCUCGGAGUUCUCAGACCAUUGAAGGGAGACGGAGACAGAGGAGACAAGCAGACACGAAUUCACGGUAAACCCCCGACGAGUGCCGCCAGGCCGACAGACAGCCGGUCGUUUUCCAUGUCGUUUCUGUUCCCCGCCUUAUCUUUAUCCAGUCAAACGAAGAGACGAAAGGAAAAGCGAACAGAAAAACUAGACACAGGUCUGUUCUCGACAGAUGCGCAGCGUCAAGCCCCUGCAUGCGCCCGUAUGCGGCAGGGCGCUGCGAGUCGCGCAUGCGCGCGCCGUUUUGUGCGAGAGCACUGUCGUUAUUCAGUCCUUCUGUGCUCGUUUUUCUUGGUUCCUCGCGUCUUUCGACGUCUCGAUUGUCUCUUCCACUUUUGCGGCUCAUCGGUUCCUCCAUGUUCAGCGAACACAGGGUUUGAGUAUCGAGUUGGGGGGCUCGGGACUGCAUGCUCCCUGAGCCUACCGCUUCCGCAGCAUUUCUCUGCGAUGAAAACGCACGUGGAUGAGAUAGUCUCUUCGCAACUGUCGCCCUUGCCCUCAUUCUCUGUCCACUUCUCCCAUUUUCUGUGCAUUUCCUCUCCUUCCACAGUCACCCCUACGGAUGCUGUAGUUCCCCAUUCUGCGCGCCGUCCGUUUAACAGACGCAUGUCGUUCGCUGUGAGCCUUUGUGAGUUGCUGCGCCGCUACAACCCGUAAGCGUUUCGCUUUUUUGUGCAUGCGCUGCCUUCUGGGGACUGCAGCCUCGUCACCGUCCGUGAAACUCCGCGUUUCGUUCUCUUUUCCACGAGGGAUUCGCCACACUCGUCCCGGAGCGCUUCCUUUCGGCGCGAAAGACUCACCUUUCUUCCCUUGACCCCCAGCCUGCAUGCACGAUGGCGACGGGCAGACGCGAGACGCGCCCAAAGAGCAGCGGACUGCCGUCUGGCAAGCGUUUGAUGAACGUCUCAGAAGACGAGUGGGAUGAUGUUCCUUCUGACAGCGAAAGCGUCUCUUCCUCUUCUUCUCGCACGACUUCUAGGCUAGCGACGCGGAAAGCCAGUAGCCAGAAGUUCGUGCAAGACGAGCGAAAAGCCAAGCGCGGCUUCGGCGUAGACGAGAACGACGCUGUACAGACACCCGAGACUGACUUACGCGCCGGGUCUUCGCCGUCCUCCCCAGACGCUCGUUCCGCGUGCGACGUUCCCUGGAUCCGCGGCUUCGGACGCAGCAGAGAAAACCGAUUUCGAUGCAAAGGAGCCGCGUUUGCGUGGAACGAUGUCGACAGUGAGGAAGGCGAGGGCUACGCCGUUCCUGCGUACGAUCUCCCCCCCAACGUUAAACUUCUCAAACUUUCUCUCGACGCGUCUGUCACUGCAGACCCUACAACUCUUCUGCAGUCGUACCUCGACACUCUGAAGGCCGAGCCUCCAUGCGGCGCCUCCGCUGCGAAUGUUGACGAGGUACUUGUGUCUCUGCCGUCAAGUCAAAAGAAGUCGCACGGACCGACGCGCUGUAGGGUCACUUACCAGGCGCCGUUGGGUGACGAACUUCACAUAGGGAGCAGCCCUCAGAAGACCCAGCCUCUCUCUGAGCACCGCUUCCUUGGCACGCUGCAUUUCGCUGCAUGCACGGCGCCUCUGAAGGCUGGGGAGUCUGAGGCGGAGCCUUGCGAAGCGGCGACAGAACGCACACAAGAAAAGCGGCGACAUGAAGACUCCCGGGCGUCCGGUCGGGGCAACGCGACAUUCGGAGAAGAGCGCGGCAUUCCCGCCUGGCAGAAGGAGCCUUCAUUCAUGACUUGGCACCGCAUCAAGCCGUACGGCUUGGAUGGAUCUUCCUGCCCUCCGCGGUCGCCGCCUGAGAGAGACAACGCAAAGCAAACAUCGGAGAAGACAACUCGGAAAGGCGAGGAGAUGGUGGCCGAGGACGGCAGCGCGCAGGAACGGAAGAGCAAGGAGAAGAGAAAAGGACAUCACCGUUGAGAGGGCAUACGCAUGGAAGGAGCUGUUCACACAAAAGACCUUAAAAGUGGAAAUAGAAAUCCGACGAGGGUGACGGUUACGCUGCUCUCUUUGCACACAUGAGCGUAUAGACACAUGUACAUCUCCUGACUCCAGGCGUCCGUGAACAGUCGUUCGCCCCACUGAUUCGUUUGCUUUCUCUCUGGUUACACAAAUAUACACAUGUGCAUGCUUUGUAUGUCUAAAUAUGUAUAUAUAUGUAUAUAUGCCUGUGUGUGGAUGUGGAUGCAUGCACAUGUGGAGACUUUCGCGGUUCUCUACGGAAAGGUAGAUAGAGUGCAGGCACCAGUUGUAGGGUCUUUGCCCUGCUGUUUUCAUGGACCGAAUCCCAACAAGUAUGGACGCGCAGCGACAUUUUCGCUGGCACCUUCUCUUGCUUCGCUGCUGGGUGUCCGAGGUUGUUCCACGCGACAAGAAAGACGACAUUGGCAAAGACAAGCAUAGCUGACAUGUUUGCUCGUGAACUGAUGCUGAAACCACGACACACGCCAAAUCGCAUCGAAGUCCCCCAGAAAAAAUGCUGUCGAACGAUCACAUGAUGCACUGCGCGCCUCAUAAAUACAUUUUAUCCUGAAUUUUGAAUGUGUCUCUUCCGUUGCGUUAUCCCCCUCGUUUUUUACCAUCGACCUCGUUCUUGACAUCCUUGAAGGACAUUGGUGCGCUCUUCUCGUCCUGAGAAAGGGACUGAACGGAUUCCUCAGCAAAUAAAACAAAAGGAGCCGUGCCCUCUUACAGUGAAC